AUCUUCCACGUGAAUCUCUACGGAAGCAUCCUGUUCCUCACGUGCAUCAGCGUGCACAGAUACUCCGGCGUCGUGCAUCCGCUCAAAUCGCUCGGGAGGCUGAAAAAGAAGAACGCCGUUCGCACCGUCGCGCUCGUUUGGUUCGUAGUCGUGGUCGGCAUCUCUCCCAUCCUUUACUACUCGCGAACCGGCCCUAAGAAGGGGUUAACGACGUGCUACGACACCACGACCGAAGACGAGCUGCCUGGAUACUUCAUCUACAGCAUGUGCAUGACGGUGUUCGGCUUCUGCAUCCCGUUCAUCAUCAUCCUCAGCUGCUACGGCGGCAUCGUCAAAGCCCUCAUCUGCAACGACAUGGACAACGCGCCGCUGAGGAAGAAGUCGAUAUACCUGGUCAUCAUCGUGCUCACGGUGUUCGCCGUGUCCUACCUGCCUUUCCACGUCAUGAAGAACCUGAACAUGCGAGCCAGACUGUACUUCCAGAGCGCGGACAUGUGUGCCUUCAACGACCGCGUGUACGCCAGCUACCAGGUGACCCGCGGCCUGGCCAGCCUCAACAGCUGCGUGGAUCCUAUCCUGUACUUUCUGGCCGGAGACACGUUCAGACGCAGGCUGUCCAGAGCCACCAAAAAGUCCUCAAGGAAGGGAGAUCACCCCCUGCAG